GUUGAAGUUAAGGAAUUUCAUCAUCAUCAUCUUCUUCUUCUUCAAAAUCUCUUCAAUCGUUGCCGCCUUCUAUCUUCUUCUGCAGCUUUGUUGUUCUUCAGAAAAGAAAAAAAAAUGGAUUGUUCAAUUUGUAGUUCAAUGCCGUUUAUCUUAAGACCUCCGAGGAAUACAAUAUGUGGGACUUGCUAUGAAGGUGCAAGAAAUGUAAUCACUUUGAUGAACAAGCUUGAAAUUGAUCAUCAUUGUAAAUCUACAGAUAAAACUACUCAUAACAUUCCUGCUCCAUCUUCUUCACCCAAUUCUUGUAAGCAACAGCCACUUGGAAAUCUGAGCAAAUGGAUGACAAGCAUGAAGGAGAUAGAAGAAGAUCUGAACAAGAAAAUAAGCUUCUUGAGUGGACUUAUUGUGGCUUUUAGAGAUCAAAUUCACACUGAUAUUCAGCUCAAGCCGGGCAACGAUGGUCCUUCCAUACCAGCUCACAGGGCUUUACUUGCAGCAAGAUCAGAGAUAUUCAGGAACAUGCUAGACUCAGAUGGGUGCAAAGCUCCACCAAGUGAUACAAUUACACUACCUGAGUUGAACACAGAAGAACUGGAAUCACUGCUGGAGUUCCUUUACAGUGGAAACCUGGGUUGGGACAAGCUGGAGAAACAUGUGUAUUCGUUGUUCCUGGCAGCCGACAAGUACGAGAUCACCUACUUGCAAGAUUUCUGCGAAAGAUACAUGUUAAGUUCAUUGAAUGCCUCCAAUGUUCUUGAGAUAUUAGAGAUCUCGGAUGUUUGUUCCAACAAAGCAUUAAAGGAAAUUGCCUUGAACUUCAUCGUUAGGAACAUGGAGGAUAUUGUUUUCUCCCCUAAGUAUGAAAUUUUUGCUCCCAAGAAUCCCCAUCUUGGUCUGCAGAUUACCAGGGCUUUUUUAAUGGAUGCCAAAACCAAAAGAAUUAAUGGAGUUUGAAGAAAAUUAUAUAUAUAUAUAUGGUGGAAUUAAUGUAUAGAAUACAUGUUUACAUGCAAUUAUGCACAGAUGAAAAGCAAUAAAAUCCAUUUUCCAUUUUUAGUUUCUCAUUUAUGCAUAUAAAAA